AUGGAAGAAGUUCAAGAGCUCUUUAAGAAAGUGGCAAGCAAUAAAUAUUCAUUGCCUAAUGAGAGAAGGUUACCACAAAAGAAACCGGCCAUUGGUGUAGGCACUUUAGAGGUGGAUCGAUUCACCAAUCUUGAGGCUCCACUUGCUAGUAUUGCUAAAACCAUCACCCAACUCUCUAUGGGUAACAAACCGGUUACGAGUUGUGGAGUUUGUCAAGGGGAAAAUCAUACCGAUCAAUGCCAUUUGCUUAAGGAAUCGGUCAACUACAUCAACAAUUUUAAUCCUCGCCCCAACUUCAACCAAAGUGGGAAUUGGAGAGGCCAAGGAGGUGGAUGGAGAGAUGGUAAUCAAGGUGGCUAUUCUCAAGGAAUUUCUUCAAAUCCUAACAAUCAAUGGAGGCCUAACCCUCCACCGGGAUUUGGUGAGCCAAUACAUGAAGAAAAGAGAUCAUCCUUGGAAGAGACCGUGUUGAAAUUGAUGGUUAAGUUGGAUGAUAGAGACAAAGAGUAUCGGCAAUUUCAAGAGGAGACCACAUGGAAGAUUGUAAAGUUGGAAGAGAAUGUAAGUGGGGAUGACAUGGAUGGAGAAGUAGAGCUCCCUUUCAAUGAAUUGGAUGAUAUGGUUUUGGUUGAUGAGCAAGUUGGCAUCUCUAAGGAAGGCAAAGAUGUUGAAAGGAACCAAGAGCCCAAGAAG